AUGGAUUUUAGCAUUCCAAUCAUCAACCUCCUUUUACAUUUUCUUGUCCUUGUUUCUUUGGUUUAUCCUAUUAAUUGUUCAGAAACAAGCAACCACCAAUUGGCCAAUCAAACGUUUCAACAAGGGGAAAAUGUUUAUAAGUUGAAGAAGAUGAUUGCAACCCAUUUACAACAAAUCAACAAACCAGCUGUUAAGACAAUUCAGAGUCCUGAUGGUGAUAUCAUAGAUUGUGUGUUGACUCAUGAACAACCAGCUUUUGACCAUCCACUUUUGAAAGGACAAAAGCCAUUGGAUCCUCCAGAAAGUCUAAUAGAGCAUAAUCAAACUAGUAAUUUGAGUGACGUAUUUCAGUUGUGGAGCACAUCCGGAGAAUCAUGUCCUGAAGGAACAAUUCCAAUUAGAAGAAUAACUGAACAGGACAUAUUAAGAGCCGGUUCUAUUAGCAAAUUUGGACAAAAAUAUGCUGAUGGUUCUAAACACGAACAUGCAAUUGUUGCUGUGGAAGGGGAUGGGUACACAGGAGCAAAGGCUAGCCUAAAUGUGUGGGCUCCCAAAGUGGAAAGUCGAUAUGAAUUCAGCUUGGCUCAAAUAUGGUUAGGCUCUAAAGAUUCAGAAACUAUUGAAGCUGGUUGGCAGGUCUGUCGGACUAUAUAUGGAGACGACCGCCCUAGAUUGUUUAUUUAUUAUACGGUUGAUAACUAUGGAACUGGGUGCUACAAUUUGAAAUGCUCAGGGUUUGUUCAAACAAAUAGGAAAAUCGUACUUGGAGGUACACUUGCUCCAAUUUCAGUAUAUAACGGACGACAAUAUGAUAUGACCUUAAAGAUCGAACAGCAUGCAAAGACUGGUAAUUGGUGGCUUGUAUUUGGAAAAGGAAAUAUAGUUGGAUAUUGGCCAUCUUCCUUGUUCAGAGAAUUAAAGGGUGAAGCAUAUUUUGCUCAUUUUGGUGGAGAAGUAAUAAAUUUAAAAUCAACAGGGUCUCAUACUACUACUCAAAUGGGUAGUGGACAUUUUGAUACAGAGGGUUAUGGAAAAGCUGCAUAUAUUAGGAAUAUACAAGUUGCGGUUAAUUCUCCUAACGUCUGGAUUGAUCUGCCAGAUCCUGAAUAUACAAUGGAGAAAGAAAAUUGUUAUGCUAUAAAAGGAAAGUAUGGUAAAAUUUGGGGGAAUUACAUAUACUUUGGUGGACCUGGCAAGAAUGCAGAUUGUCCCUAA